AUGGGCUCCAUUACAACGGGUUUCAAAGAUGCAUAUCUAAGUGGAUCUGGCCCGCAUCUAGCUGCAGUGCUCACUCCGAUCGCGACCCCCGAUGACCUGAACCGACUGCGCUCUUUCUACCAAUUCUCCAACGCCGCAUACCUUUCCAAAGACCUCCAAUACGCGUUACUCCAUGGAAAGAAUCUAAAAAUUUCCAAGGCGGAGCAGAAUACCUGGAUUGACAUCUUCUCCGCAUUCUGGGAAGCUGUAGGCGAGAUCCUCAAGUGUGAAGAUCGUCACCCCGGUGCCAGUGUUGUCGCUGUCUUCAAUGCCUGGAAGAAAGUUGCCAACACUUUGAUCAGAGGGUACUCGAGCUCUUCUAGUCUCCCAGCUUGGACACUACCGUGUCUAUACACAGUGGGAAAAUACCUGCGUAUCUUUGCGAUCAAUGCUGAUCUCGAAGCCGCAACGCUGGGCUCGGCUGGCUUUGGGUUCUCGGACGAUGUUGCAGCUGAUGUUGAGAAGAAUGCCCACCUUGAAAAUGCUGCUCAGAUUAUCAACCGGAUGUUUACUCUUUGUCUGAGUGACCGGGCACCCAUUGAGGAGUCUCGCAAGUGGGGUAUUUACCAGAUGACCAACCUGUUGUUUAAGACGUAUUUCAAGAUCAACUCUGUCGGCCUUACCAAGAACAUUCUCCGUGCCAUCAAAGCCUCGUCGGCCGAUUUGCCCGCUCUCGAUGCCUUCCCCAAAUCUCACAUCGUCACCUUCAAAUACUACGUUGGAGUCAUCCACUUUUUGGAUGAGAAUUAUGUAGAGGCGGAAGAGCAUUUGACAUGGGCUUGGAAGAUGUGCCACAAAGACGCUUUGAAGAACCGAGAAUUGAUCCUCACAUACCUUAUUCCCUGCCACCUGGUGACUACUCACACACUACCCACUAAGGAGCUUCUUGCCCCUUUCCCAAGACUUGAACAGCUCUUCCGGUCUCUUUCAAUGUGCAUUAAAAAGGGGGACCUGGUUGGAUUCGAUCAGGCCAUGGCCGCUGGCGAGGAGCAGUUCGUCAAGAGACGCAUCUACUUACCCCUUGAGCGUGGACGUGAUAUUGCUCUUCGCAAUCUUUUCCGCAAAGUUUUCCUCGCCGGAGGCUUUGAGGAGCCCAAGGAUGGCCAGCCAGCCAUCCGACGAAGCCGUGUUCCCGUGGCCGAGUUUGCCGCUGCUCUUCGGGUUGGUACCGACACGAACGGCCGGUCCCGAGUGGAUAUCGACGAGGUGGAAUGCUUAUUGUCCAACCUCAUUUACAAGGGCCUCAUGAAGGGAUACAUUGCUCGCGAACGUGGCAUCAUUGUCCUCAACAAGAAGGGUGCUUUCCCGGAUACUGGUGUCUAA